ACCGAGUCCAUUCACAGUAAACAAAGGUACAUAUCUCGCUUCCAAGUCAAACCCCACAAAUUUCACCAAUUUUUUUUACAAAAUUAUUGCUGCUGUUUCGCUUUGCUGUCGUCAUUUCUCUCCGGCGAUCCUACAAAUUGAUGAUCGACGGCAGCUCGGCUAACGCGUCGGCCUGUACGCGACGGUGGUGGAGUGGUUUCCGUGCUUGGGAAAGGCUGAUUGAGGAUAGGAAGUAUCUCUAUUGGAGCAAUGAAGAAAGGCAAGGGGAAGAGCACCAAAUUGCUGCCUAAUUCCUUGAGGAUUAUCUCGUCCUGCAUCAAAACGGUGUCGACGAAUGCUAGCACCGCCGUGCGCUCUGCCGCCGCCUCCAUUUCCUCCCCUGGAGACGAUCGCAAGGAGCAGGUUUUGUGGGCUGGUUUUGACAAAUUAGAACUCAGUGCUACUUCCGUCAGAUGUGCACUAUUACUUGGUUAUCUGAAAGGUUUUCAGGUCUUUGAUGUUGAGGAUGCAUCUGGUAUAAGGGAAUUGGUAUCUAGGCGUGAUGGGCCAGUUACCUUCUUGCAGAUGCUUCCAGCUCCUGCAAAGGGUGAUGGUAAUGGAAAGUACAAAUCAUCACAUCCUAUACUGGUGGUGGUUGGUGGGAAUGAGAACGAAAGAAUGACAUCAGCUCAGUGUACUGGUCAAGGCAAUAGUAGACGUAGUUCGACAGAUACGUCAUUUGGGAUCCCGAUCGAACUCCCUACUGCUGUUCGAUUUUACUCAAUGAAGUCGAAUGAAUAUGUAAAGGUUAUUGACUUCAAAUCAGCAGUAUUCAUGGUUAGAUGCUGCCCACGAGUAGUAGCUAUUGGUCUCGAAGAACAAAUCUACUGCUUUGACACCCUUACUCUUGAGAAGAAAUUCAUAGUUCUGACGUAUCCUGUACCGCGAGUUGGAGAGCAAGGAUCAUCUGGAAUCAACAUGAUUUAUGGUCCAAUGGCUCUGGGUUCAAGGUGGUUGGCUUAUCCCCCUAAUCGCCCAUUUCUGUUAAAUACGGGGCGUGUGAGUCCAAAAAGCCUUGCCUCUAGUGUGAGUCCAUCAACAUCACCAGGUAGCGGCACCAUAAUGGCUCGCUACGCAGUGGAGUCUAGCAAAAACUUAGCUGCAGGAUUGCUCAACCUGGGGGACAUGGGGUACAAGAAACUUUCCAAGUAUUAUCCAGAGCUGCUUCCAGAGAGUCCUAGUGGUUCUCCUGGCUGGAAAGCUGGGAAACUAGCAGCAUCUGAACCAGAGAAUGCGGGAGUGAUUGUUGUUAAGGAUCUUGUUUCCUCGGAUGUCAUAGCACAAUUUAGGGCUCAUACAAGUCCAAUACUGGCUUUGUGUUUUGACCCAAGUGGAACCCUUCUGGUUACUGCCUCUGUGCACGGAAAUAACAUGAACAUCUUUAGGAUCAUGCCUCAUAAAGGUGGGGCAUCAGGUUCUGGUGACUGGAGCACUUCCUACGUGCAUCUUUACAAGCUUUAUCGUGGCAUAACAAGUGCAGUCAUCCAAGAUAUCUGCUUUAGUCGUUGCAGUCAGUGGAUUGCUAUUGUAUCAGCAAGAGGAACUUGCCAUAUCUUUGCUCUAUCUCCUUAUGGAGGAGAUGAAGGUUUUCAUACUUUACAUAAACCCGGACAAGGUACCUCUCUGUUUUUAGCUUCCACUCAGCCAUGGUGGUCUACAUCAUCUUUGACUGUAAAUGAGCAGCCUUCUUUGCCUCCACCUACGUGCACCCUCUCCGCCAUCACCAGGAUUAAGUGCAGUGACUCUGGCUUACUUAAUUCAGUAAGCAAUACUGCUGCUUCAAUGGUGGGUAAGUUAUGGGUGCCUUCUGGAGCUGUUGCUGCCAUCUUCCAUAAUUCUAACUCUACUGGCUCCACUGGUUCUCGGGAUGUUAAGUCGACUAGUACAUCACUGGAGCAUAUCUUAGUUUAUACCCCAUCAGGCUUUGUGGUUCAGCAUGACAUCCUAUCCUCAAUGGGCCCUGAACUGAUUGAGAGUAGAACCGGAUCUUUGUCAGCCCCACAAGCUAACCCUCAAAAUGAAGAGUUAAGGGUGAAGGUAGAACCCACUCAAUGGUGGGAUGUAUGCAGAAGAUUGGAAAAUACGGAAAGAGAGGAGUGUAUAUCUGGAAGUAUCUUUGAUGGACUGCAUGAUGCGGAAAUUGACAAGGAUUCCAAAAUGGUUUCUCAGGAGAAUGCAAGUUCUAGUGACAAGAAACUAGCUAAGUCUGAUUCUCUGAAGUCACCUGAUAGAUCUCACUGGUAUUUGUCAAAUGCAGAAGUACAAAUAAACUCUGGCAGGUUACCAUUAUGGCAAAAGUCAAAGAUGCAUUUCCACGUAAUGGACUCUCCAAUCGAAGAAUGUGGUCCAGGUGGGGAGUAUGAAAUUGAGAAGGCUUCGUCACAUGAGCUUGAGAUAAGGCACAAAGAUUUGUUGCCAAUAAUUGAUAAUUUUCCUAGAGCAACAAGAUCUGGCUGGAUUGACAGUUCUAUACCUGCUGACGAGAAACAUCUUAGUGAUUCCGGGAGUAGUGAUCAAACUAAAGAAAAGACUGAUGGAGCAAGUAUUAUUUCUCAUUCCAAGCCGCCCUCUUUUAGCUCUACAGAAAGCUCAGAAGGAGGGUCAUCCAGACGAAUGGAGAAUUUGCUUGAUUUGGAUCACAUGGCCAUUGAUAGACCUCAGACUCUUGGUGGUCAUGCUGAGGAUAAGACCGGUCUCAGGGGGGGGUCGAGGGCAAUUAUUCCAUACCCUUCGCAAAACACCUGCAACAGAAUUCUUCUUGUUGAUAAUGCUGCAAUCAGUAGGUCGUCCUCACUGGGGAAUGAGAUGCAGUCGCUGCAUAUUGACAAUCCCAACUCAGAAGCAGACAUCCUUAUACCUUCGAGGAUCGAAUCAACUGUAGAUUUUGGUCCGUUAUUUAAGGAGGGAUACUAUAACAAACCAGAGCUCCUCGAUCGUUGCCAGUCAACUGAGGUUAUUACCCAUGAAGCAAAGGCUGGUGAUGACACCCCUGAGGAGAAGUUGGAAGAUGAGGAAGGGCCUCGAGAGGAAGGUUGGAUUAGUGGGAUGUUCGAUUUCUCUGAAUAAGGUUGGUUGCUUAUUCAGAAAAGGAAUCACGACUAUAUACCAGAUACAUGAUACACAUCUGCACCCUACUACCCUCUGUAGUAUGGUAUGUAUACUGUUGUAAAUAUAACAUUCUUGCUGUUUCUGGAGAAGGGUUGAUAUAAGAAGAUGAAUUUUGGGAUAUGGUUUUCUCACGUUUGCUGUAUUAUCGAUAUUUUUGAUCGACCCAUCUUUUGUACAGAUGACAUAACCCAGUUGCUCCAAUUUGUGUAACAUUUGUUUUCCAUGAACAGAAAAAAGAAUGAAAUGGAAUUACAGAAAAGUAAUGGAAUCAA